AUAGAAGCAUCUCUCCUUGGAGUCUGAUGUUCUGCUGCAACUCUAUUCUGCAUGUGAUAGUAAAUACAGGCACACACGGACUGCAUUACCAUGAGUUACCGUAAGUUUUUAACCCAGUGACAUUCAGAGGAAAUUAUUACAAAGGAGCUGUUUUCAUCUAAGAAAAUGAGCAACAAAAGCAUAGACGUACUUUUUUCCUCCACAACGAAUUUUCAGUGGAGCGGUCCGGGCAAAUCUUUUGACGAAGAUGAUGAUGAAAUUGAGGAAGAAAUUAUAGAUGACAUUGAAGAGAACUGUGAGAAUGAUUUGGAAGAGGAGAAAUCGGAUCAUCUCUACAAAUUUGAAAAAGAGAAGUCAGGAUUUGAAAACAAAGCAGAAAAAAGCAAAGAGUCUGAGAAAUCUGAUGAUUUUUGGGACGCCCCCAGGAAAGAGGCCGGAGACUCGUCUGCUCACGAAGACUUCGAAGAGGAAUUCAAAGAGGAAUCUGAGGGAGCUGCUGGUUUUCAGGAAGACCCUGUUUCAGUGGACAAGUCUGAAAUGGGAUAUGAAUAUGAUUGUGAAGAGCACGAUGGUCCUAAAAAGUCUGAGAAGACCAGCACUUGUCUCAAACAACUGGAAGAAGACAAGCUUGCUCUCCAAAAGGAGUUAGAAAUAGAAAAAGAAGCUAAAUAUCAACAGGAUGAAGCCUUUAAAAAGCUGCAAGGGGAAAAUGAUCGUCUUGAAAAAGCUGUGAAAAAAAAACGUGAAGAACUGAAGCGCAUGAAGAUAAAAGUGGACCUUAAAACGAGAAUUAUUCAAGUGAUGGCUAACACUGAUGAGGACAAGAAGCUGAUCAAGAAACUCCACAAAGAUCUGAUGAUGUCCUCACUUAAACAUGAAAAUAAAAAUGCAGAGGCCGCUGAUAUUAAGGCACUAGAGGAUCGUCUCACUGAGCAGCAGAAACAAAACCUGGAAAAAGACGAUGAAAUACAGUCGCUGCUCCUCAAAGUCCAAAAGCUCCAGGAUGAUAUCGAGGCCAAGGACACCAUGAUUUUAAGGCUGCAGGAAAACGUUAACAAGUGGGCAUCAGACGUCCAGAAAGAACAAGAGAAGAACUCUGCACUCCAGAGGAGCUACGACUCGAUUGUCUCCCAGGAGCACGGUAAAACACAAAAGCUGAAUCGACUGACCUCAGAAAAUCAGGACCUGUCUUCUGAAAACCAGAUCCUGCAAGACGAAGUUGAGUUUCUCCAAAAUGAGAGGCAGUUGCAAAACGAUCUCGAUGAAGAGAAAGGAGCUCGCAGAGAACUUGAGGAAGCUGUUAAGGAAGAGAAAUCUCGGUUUUCUAAAGAAUAUAAAAAGUUACAAAUGAAAGUGAAAGAGCUGUCAGAGAAGACGUUAGCUCCACCUGGGCAGAGAAGAACUUCUAAAUCUGCAGAGCAUCUUCUCUAUGACAUGGAGACACUAAAGAUGGAGAACGCAAAUCUCACAGCUAAAUUAGAGGCUAUGGAAAAUCAGUACAGUGGAGCAAAGUUUAAACGUGAAGCUCUCUCUGAGCAGCACCGAGACAAGCUCCUGCAGAUGGUAGAUGAGCUCAAAGGACGGCAGUCUGAGAGAGAUACUGUGCAGAAAGAACUUGAAAUCACUCUAAAAGAAAAGAAGAAACAAACCUCUCAAUUACCGCAGAGAGUUGGUGCUCUUGAAAAGGAGCUCAAGACGUGCAAGAAGCAGCGUUCCAAGUUCGAGAACGUUUUGGCCAAGUACAUAGAAACCCUAGAAAAGCAAGAAUUGUCUGUGACCGUGCAGAAAGGUCAAGACAGCUCCAGGGUUCAGGAACAAAAAAUUUGUGACAAUGAGCACAAAAUUGCUCUGGAUUAGAGCACAAAGGCUUUAUACAACCUACAGAAGGAAUACAUCGAUCUAGCCAAGAAACACAGUGGCAUUAAUGACGAUUACAGGGAGCUGCUUAAAACCCACACUGCUCUCCAAAUCAAAUAUGAUAGGCUGACCUACACAAAUGAAUUAAGAAUUAAAAAUCAAUUCAAAAAGGAGUAAA